AGUCAGCACGAGCUGCAGUCCCAUGUCUGAAAUCUGCUUUUUCAUACCAGGCUGUCCACCUCGCCCGCCUCCCGCCUCUCUGUCAGAUGCUUCAGUCCUCUCGCUUUCGUUUGGCCUUCUCUCUUUUUGCUAUUCUGCAUCUUUUCAGACUUCAGGACAACCAAACCGGAGCCAGAAGGCUGAAGCUGACAUGACCUCAGAGAAAGAAAGCAACGGACUCGACAACUAUGCCUUUGCGCUGGAGGGACGUUUCUGUGAUCUACCUGAGAAAGAAGAGGACCUGGACUCCUCUGUCGAUGAAGACACCAACAAGCUAGCGUACUGCGUGACAGACGUCCCCCCGUGGUACCUCUGCAUCCUCCUGGGCACACAGCACUGUUUAACGGCAUUUGGCGGCAUCAUCGCCAUCCCCCUGAUCCUGGCUCAGGGUCUGUGUCUGCAGCACGACGGCCUCACACAAAGCUACCUCAUCAGCACAAUCUUCUUCGUUUCUGGAGUCUGCACCUUGUUGCAGGUUACCUUUGGCAUUCGACUGCCCAUUCUCCAAGGCGGCACAUUCACCCUGCUGGCUCCCUCCAUGGCCAUGCUGUCCAUGCCUGAGUUUACGUGUCCUGCUUGGACCCAGAACUCCAGCUCCGUCAACACCUCCUCGCCAGAGUUCAUAGAAGUCUGGCAGAGCCGAAUGAGAGCCCUGCAGGGCUCCAUCAUCGUGGGCUCUCUCUUCCAGGUGUUUGUUGGAUUUUCAGGCCUCAUCGGCCUCUUCAUGCGCUUCAUCGGUCCUCUCACCAUCGCUCCCACCAUCAGUCUCAUCGGUCUGUCGCUGUUCGAUUCAGCGGGCAGCAGUGCUGGCAACCACUGGGGCAUCUCUUCAAUGACAACGGCGCUGAUAAUCCUGUUUUCCCAGUACCUCCGUCACAUAGCCGUGCCCUUUCCUACGUACAGCAAGGAUAAAAAGCUUCACACCUCUCGAGUCUACAUCUUUCAGAUUCUCCCUGUCCUGCUGGGAAUCACAGUUUCAUGGCUUAUUUGUUACAUCUUGACGAUGUCUGACGUGCUUCCCGCUGAACCAGGACAUUAUGGUUACCUCGCACGCACAGAUCUGAAGGGAGAAGUGAUAAGUCAAGCUCCCUGGUUCACAUUCCCUUACCCAGGACAAUGGGGAAAGCCGACAGUGAGCCUGGCAGGGGUAGUCGGGAUUUUGGCCGGCGUGAUUUCCUCCAUGAUCGAGUCUGUUGGGGAUUACCAUGCAUGUGCAAGAUUAUCUGGAGCUCCACCGCCACCAAAACACGCCAUCAACAGGGGUAUCGGGAUUGAGGGAAUAGGCUGUCUGCUGGCCGGAGCAUGGGGAACGGGAAACGGAACCACUUCUUACAGCGAGAACGUUGGAGCCCUUGGUAUUACAAAGGUUGGGAGCCGUGUGGUCAUAGUGGCCAGUGGCGUGUUCAUGGUGGUGAUGGGGAUACUGGGUAAAAUGGGCGCCAUGUUUACAACCAUCCCCUCGCCUGUGAUUGGAGGAAUGUUCAUGGUCAUGUUUGGAGUCAUUUGUGCAGCAGGAGUUUCUAACCUGCAGUACACAGACAUGAAUUCAUCCAGAAAUAUCUUCAUCUUUGGAUUCUCCAUGUUUUCUGGGCUGGUCAUUCCUAACUGGAUAUUAAAGAACCCCAAAGCUAUUGCUACAGGUGUGGUAGAAUUUGACCAGAUGCUGCAGGUACUUCUGACAACCAGCAUGUUUGUGGGAGGUUUCUUUGGCUUCAUCCUGGACAACACCAUUCCAGGAUCCAAGCAGGAGCGAGGCAUCCUGGCCUGGAACAAAGCUCAUGAAGACGACUCCUGUGAAACCCUGGAGACUGGAGAAGUGUACAACCUCCCCUUCGGCCUGACCUCCUACAUGUCCUCUUUCUCCUGGCUGCGGUACAUACCUUUCUGCCCGCCUGGCAUGUCCAGCUCCCUGGAUCCAAAGCAGCCGCUGGGAACUCCCGAUCCCGGACAGAUCAUGAUUGGAGUUGGUUUGUGAGGGAUGCUUUUCGUGUCACGGUGGCAUAAUUUGGUAUUUUCCAAAUACACCACCGACAGAGGCAGCUCGGAUUAUGCAACAUCUCAGAGACAGAGUACUGUAAGAACAAAGCGCAGAGAAUUUGAGGGAUUUCUGAGGCGAUAUUUGCAGAUAACAUCGUUUUAUGGUAUAGGUCACCGUUAAUUUCACAUCCUUUUUGAUGAUGUUGGAUUUUUAAGUGCCAACAAAUGGUGCAUUAAAUUAAAACAGAAGGAUGUAAAAAGAUGACUUAGAACAUCAAUACAAAAAAAUAUAAUCUUUGAUGUUUCUUAGGAAUAAACUGGUGACUGUGGAGCUGAGAUGCUUAGACUGGAAAACUAGAAAUAUUCUACAGCAGAGAUGUCUAAGAUCAUUUUAAUAUAUUGAUAAUCCUAUAGGGCUCUGAACAUUGUUCACUUGAAGUCAUUCUGUAAAUCUGUGAUAUUUCCUGCUAGACAUGAACAAAGUAAAAAGUUGAAUUAAAAAAAAAUACAUAUUUGACAGGAUUUGUAAAACCUGCAGAGGCGAGGAUUGUUUUUUAUCUAAUAUAACCCUCUAAAAGUGAACAAUAGCUUAAAUUCAUGUAGGAGGAGUGAAAUAUAUUGUCCAUCGAUCUGCUGCUGUGAAAAAUAUCCUUUACUUUACAGAAAUGUUUAAUUAAAAACUUCCAUUGGUUAAAAA